GCAACAUGGUGCGCGUGUCCCCCUGGCUCAUGACGCCGUCAAGCAAGCCGUGCGCGUGCUGCCGAGCUGUAAACCCGCUGUCAAACAGUGCGGACGAGAGCGAGAGACAUCCGUACCUAUCCGAACAGCUGCAGCUUCAUGUCACAUAAGAUGUGCUGGAGACGCAAAGCCGAAACGUUAUACGGGAGAUCAUUCCGCCGGGCUGUAUGAGAGCAGAACCGCCGCCAAAAGCGUAAAGGAUUUGUGCCUGUUUCUGCGCGCGCUGCGCACGUGGGGAUGUUGCGAUGGCAUGCACUAGGAGAACCAAAACUUUGGUGUCCACGUGUGUGAUUUUAAGCGGCAUGACCAAUAUUUUGUGUCUGCUCUACGUCGGAUGGAUCACCAAUUAUGUGUCUAAUAACGGCAACGUCAAAGUUGCAGGGAGGACGCAUGAGAAAAAGUUUGAUGAAGACAACAGAGGAGAAACCCUGAGGAUUAUAGAGAGACUGGACAGGCUGGAGAGUGUUGUUAACCAGCACAUAAAAGAGAAACCGUUAAAAGAUGGAGACGACACAGCUGACAUGUCCCUCUCAGAUUCUCUUUUUGCACACUGGGGUCAUGACCUUGGCCCAGAGAGCCGCAAGGUGGCCCUGAAGAAGUUUCAGUACUACGGUUACAACGGCUACCUCAGCGACAGGCUCUCUCUAGACAGAGCCAUCCCAGACCUCAGGCCAGACGGGUGCAGAAACAUCUCAUACCCCUCCAGUCUACCACAAGUCAGCAUCAUCUUCAUAUUUAUGAACGAGGCGCUGUCGGUCAUCCUGCGUUCCGUUCAUUCUGUGAUCCAUCGGACACCUUCCCACUUGCUCAAGGAGAUAAUCCUCGUCGAUGACAACAGCAACAACGCUGAACUUUCGGAAAACCUGCAGAGGUUUGUGGAUGAGACCAACCAGCAGCGUCCCGACUUCAUUAAAGUGGUUCGGCAUGACAAACAGGAGGGCUUGAUUCGCUCUCGGGUCAGUGGCUGGAGAGCUGCGACCGCCCCCAUCGUGGCCCUGUUUGAUGCUCACGUGGAGUUCAACAUCGGAUGGGCUGAACCAAUCCUUCACAGAAUCAAAGAGGACAGAACCCGGGUCAUCUCGCCAUCAUUCGACAACAUCAAAUUCGACACGUUUGAGAUUGAAGAGUAUCCCCUCUCAGCUCAAGGGUUUGACUGGGAACUUUGGUGUCGCUAUCUAAACCCUCCCAAAUCCUGGUGGACACAGAAGAAUCAAACUGCACCAAUCAGGACUCCUGCUCUAAUCGGUUGCUUUGUAGUGGAUAGGGAGUAUUUUGAGGAGAUUGGUCUGCUGGAUGAAGGGAUGGAAGUUUAUGGAGGGGAAAACGUGGAGCUGGGGAUCAGGGUAUGGCUGUGCGGAGGAAGUGUGGAGGUCAUGCCCUGUUCCAGAAUAGCUCACAUUGAGCGCGCCCACAAGCCCUACACGGAGGACCUGGCAACUCACGUACGCAGGAACGCUCUGAGAGUGGCUGAGGUGUGGAUGGACGAGUUUAAGAGCCACGUUUACAUGGCCUGGAACGUUCCACAACAGGACUCAGGGAUCGAUAUUGGUGAUAUCAGAGAAAGAAAAGCUCUCAGAGAGAGACUCCACUGUAAACCCUUCAGCUGGUUCCUGAAGAAUAUUUAUUCUGAGAUGAGAACCUACACAGACACCAUCGCUUAUGGUGUACUGAGGAACAGCCUGAGGCCAGAUCUGUGUGUGGAUCAAGGUCCCGACUCCGACAACAUUCCCAUCCUGUACAUCUGCCACGGCCUGACGCCUCAGAAUGUGUACUACACAAGCUCUCAGCAGUUGCAUGUCGGAGGCUUGAGUCCGACCAUCGAUGAUGAUGACAACAAGUGCCUGGUGGACGUGAACGGCCGGCCACGACUGCUAGAAUGCAGCUACGCCAGCAACAAGCACAUGAAGCUCUCCUGGCUCUUUACUCAGGGAGGCUCCAUUCAGAAUAGGAAGUCGAAGCGUUGUUUGGAAUUGGUGGAAAGUGCGGAAGUGGAUCAUGGAUAUCAGCUGGCACUUCAGAAGUGCAGCAAUCAAAAAUGGACAAUUACCAACAUAUUGCCUGGGAAAGUUCUAUAGGCAUGGUGUCUUAAGGGACAUAUCACUGGAUAUACAGUGGACUGAGACACUGUAUCCCUUUACACACAUCGCUGUGUCAUCAGCUAAAGGACAGAGAGCUGUUCUCUGUUAUUUAACACUGUAAACAUCUUCAUGUCUUGUGCCGGAUCUCAAAGACAUCAUGGAACGUCUCCUGAAUUUCAUUUUGUCCAAAAGAGAUGGUUGGUUUAGAAACACUGAUGCUUAAAAGGAUAGUUCUCCAAAAAUGAAGAUUCUUUCAUCAUUUAGUCAUCUCAUGUUGUUCCAAACCUGGGGUGCGUUUUCCAAAAGCAUCAUUAGCCAACUAUGGUUGCAAGUUCAUCGUUAUUAGCAUAAUUCAACGAGUCGGUUCCAAAAAACAUUCGCACAGCAUCGCAAAGUUGUGUGGCAGGAAAGGCAGCUCUCGACCUGUGGUUAGAAGCUUAGUUCCUUGUUGACUUAAUAAAUCCUUAUCUGGAGCAAAAUAAGCAAGUACAAGUACAAUCUAUAUCUUUAGUUUCGAAUAUAUGCAAAUUUCAUUUACAUCUUUUAGUUUGUCAAAAGAUUUAAAGCACAUUUUUGAAGAGUGAGCAUGUGCGUAUUAUGAGCCUAUUGAAUCUGAAAAUAAAGGAAAAUAACUGAGAAAAACGCUGCCGUUAAUUCGAUUAAGUUAUUACUCCACCACCUGCGUGACAUCAUUAACUAACGUGGUUGAAUGACAAAUUUGCGACAAUGUGGUUUCAGGAAACAGUCGUGACUAGCUAGUUGAUUUCUUCAACGAUGCACUGUAUGGUAGCGAGUUAUGCCGUUGUAUGGGAAACACACCCCUGUAUGACUUUCUUCUUCUACAAACCACAAAAGAAGAUAUUUUCAUUAAUGUUGGUAACCAAAAAGUUUUGACCAUUGACUUUCAUUGUAUGGAGAAACAAAAAAAUAACACUCAAAAAAUCAUUUCUCAAAAUAUCUUGUGUUCUGCAGAUAAAAAAUAAUGGCAUACAGGUUUGGAUCAACAUGAGGGUAAGUAAAUGACAGAAUUUUUAUUUAUUUAUUUAUUUAUUUUAUUUUUUCAUUUUUUGGGCAAACUGUCCCUUCAGAUGUUCUGCUGUAUGAUUGGCUCUUGUGUAUUUAAGCAUUUAGUAAUUUUGCUACUGUGUAGCACCAAUUUAAAAUGUUUUUCUUUUUCUCAGGUUCGUGAAUGCUGGCUGUGAUUAUUUGAUGUGGAAAAAGAUGUUUUAUAAAUGUAAAUAAUCUUUCUAAAUAAUAUUAAAGACUUUUAACUCUUCA